GUAAUUCUUUGUAGCUUGUUUUGAUGUUAUCUUCCUUGUCUGUAACUACAUCAUCAGAGAUUGUCUCACAGAUAGCUAAGAUACAGAAGGAUCAAAGAUGGCAGCGAAGGAUGAGCCCCUGAGAGCCACUUGGAGGAAGACAAGGAGAAACAGUUACAUGAGACACAGACUUCAUCAAGGGGUCUGUGAACGCAAACGUGUAAAAUCUGUGAAUCUGCUGGUGCACACAGAGAAAUCGAACAUCAAACAAAAUGUGCACAUUCAUGUUCCCAUCCUGGAUGUAAAUGAACAGACUGAAUAAAUGCAUCGGGGAGAAACAGAGAUCUGACCCUCUGAUUUUCCUCUUCUGCCACCCCUGUGAACACCCCAUGCAUUUCUCCAGUAACACCCUUUCUUCCACGUGGGCUUUACAACCGACCUUCAUCUGCUCAGACACUGGCUUCAUUUUCUGGUGCUGCUGCAAAAACGGUGCCGCCUGUGCUGGAAAUGGGAUCUUCCACUAUUUAGCAAGGCUUUGCUGAAUGAGUCAUCAAAGCCAGCUGGUAUUGGCUGGGCUAGUGAGCACCCAAGGGAUUGCCUGGCAGAGGCUGCGAGGCCUCACUUCAUUCACAGAAAUGUGGGGAUGCUAGCCAGCCCUUUCAUUCACAUGCACAGAAUCUCAUUCACAUUUUGCAGUUCCGCUAGCCGCUUCUAAUGAAGAGAGCCAUUUGGGAAUGAUAGGGUUUUCUAGGCAGUAGAGACAUGUAAAAAUAGGCUAUGGUGUGUAUAUUUGCUGUUGCUAUGCUAGGAGGACGAAGAGAGGAAUGAAUGCUGUGUGGAUGCUGUAGCAGGUUUGCAGUGUGGUGAUGAAAGGCUGUUCUGCAGAUCACUAGAAACCUGCUUUUACACUAACUAGGACUUUGCUAUUACUCAUCACUGCUGGGAUAAGAGGACUUCAGUUUGUGGCUACCUGGACUUUUGAAUAUCCUUUUAGGGUUUUUUUUUUUUUUUUCAGUUUUUCUGAAUUAAAUCAAACAUUCCAGUGACUUGGGGAUCCUUUCAGUGUUUUUCUUUGGAGUGAAUAUCAGUGGUGAAGAAGAAAACAUCUGUUAAGCCUGUUGUUGGACAUCAGAAAAAUAUUUUUCUCCACACAUAGGAAGUGAUUUGCAGUGUUCAGUGAGCCUUUUGUUGAAAAGGGUCCUUCUCAUUUGUGUGAGUCAUGCUUUUGCUGUGAGCGAGUUGGCAGCUCUAAGCAGGACUGGGAUCUCUGUCAUAGAAAACUGUUACUUCACCCAACCCUAACGAGGAACCAUAAGAAAUUUCUUAAAAGCAUAUAUUUUUUUGUUCUUCCUCAUACCCUUUUAUUUUUUACCCCAAAAUCUUGUUAUCCAUCAGUGUUGAUAUGAAUCGCCUGCUAUGUUAGCACAGGCAUCUUGUGCUUUGGCAUCAGGUUUGCCAGAACAUAUGCAGGAAACCAGAUAGAAGGGCAUGCUUCAACGUACCAAGUAUAACCGCUUCAGGAAUGAUUCGGUGACAUCAGUUGAUGAUCUUAUCCACAAUUUGUCCAUGAACAGCAAGGUCUCGGCAGUUGCUACGACUUCAACAGCACCUUCGUACCUUGUCGCACCAGAAGUUCUCCACAAGGACCAAGAAGAUGGACCCACCACUCUGUGUACCCUCAUCCAUAAAGUGUCCCACUUGAAACUGUCUCACACGGGCAGCCUUUUGGGUAUCAAAAACCUCUCCUCUGCAGUAAAGGAGCUUGCUGUCUCCAAGUUGCAGGGAAGCUCGAGUGCUUCUAGCUCAGCAGCAGGGGCUUCAGACAACACAUGUAACCUUGUCUCUGCCACUUCGUGUUCUCAGCAGGACAUUAGCAAGAUGAAUAUGGGGAAAAAAACACGAUCAGAGGAAAUACACCCAGGAGGUGAAGACUGGAAUCAAAGUAGCAGCUUUGUCAAUAAACCCUCUCGAGGAUGGCUGCACUCGAAUGAGAAGAUCCUGGGACCUGGUGUGACGUACGUUGUGAAGUACUUGGGAUGUAUAGAAGUUUUACGCUCAAUGAGAUCUCUUGACUUCAAUACUAGAACACAGAUUGCAAGGGAAGCAAUCAGUCGUGUUUGUGAAGCUGUGCCUGGUGCCAAAGGAGCCUUCAAGAAACGAAAGCCACCAAGCAAAGUUCUUUCUAGUAUCUUGGGAAAGAGCAAUCUUCAGUUUGCAGGAAUGAGCAUAACGCUGAAUAUCUCUACCACCAGCUUAAACCUAAUGACUCCAGAUACAAAACAGAUCAUAGCAAAUCACCAUAUGCAAUCUAUUUCCUUUGCAUCUGGAGGUGAUCCGGAUACAACUGACUAUGUUGCAUAUGUAGCUAAGGAUCCUGUUAAUCGGAGAGCUUGUCAUAUACUGGAAUGCUGUGAUGGCCUGGCCCAGGAUGUCAUCAGCACCAUUGGGCAAGCAUUUGAGCUUCGUUUUAAGCAAUACUUGCGAUGCCCCUCUAAGAUAUCUGCUUUCCAUGACAGGAUGCAGAGUUUUGAUGAGCCAUGGUUGGAGGAAGAUAAUGAGGCAACUGAACAUCCCUAUUACAACAACAUCCCAAAUAAAAUGCCCCCUCCUGGCGGCUUCAUUGAUUCCAGACUCAAAGCAAGACUUCCAGCUGCUGCAGAUACAGCUCAGUCUGCAGCAGGAGUGGGAGGAGAGCAAACCUAUUACCAGAGUCGUCACUUAGGAGACAAAUUCAGUGAAGGCUGGCAUCAUGGGCCUGUUAAGCAAGGAUCUCUGGAUAUCUGUAGUAUGCCGGAAGGGAAAUCACAAGUGACCUCAACAGCAGAGAUGCCAACAUAUGUAAACACCCAGCAUAUAAAUAUAGAGUCUCUAUUGACACUACAGGAAGAUGCUGAAAGUACCUUCAGUGGAAAAGCAGAUGAUACCAAAGAGACCAGCCCAGGAAAGGAUCUGUUUGACAUGAAACCAUUUGAAGAUGCCCUCAGGAACCAAACAUCUGAGGCUAUAUUGAGUAGAUCCACCUCCACUGGAUGCACCAGUCCUAUUUUAUCCAAAGCAGCUGACUGGACUGUAGCUGAAGAGCUGAGUACAGAGCCAUGGUAUCAAGGAGAGAUGAGCAGGAAAGAAGCAGAACAACUCUUAAAGAAAUGUGGAGACUUCCUUGUGAGGAAGAGUACCACGAAUCCUGGCUCCUAUGUACUGACAGGCAUGCACAAUGGAGAAGCCAAGCAUCUUCUUUUGGUGGACCCAGAAGGAACUGUUCGCACAAAAGAUCGUGUCUUCAACAGUAUAAGUCAUCUCAUCAAUCAUCACCUUGACAAUAAUUUGCCGAUAGUUUCUUCUGGGAGUGAACUUUGCCUGCAGCAGCCUGCUGAGAGGAAACACUGACUCCAGAUAGUUGUUUCAGUUUUUGUAAUUUGCAAGCUGUAACUGGUGGAAAUUGCAGAUAUGAAAAAUACAGUGUACAUGAAAAAAAAAGCAUUUUCACAUAUAUUUCACCAGUAUGUUUUCUUUAGGUUUAAGAAGCCCCAUUUCACAUGGUACACUUGAAAAUUCUCAAUGCUUUAUGUAGACAUGAAGUCACAGCAGAAGGCUUUCUUAAAAAGUAAUUUCAAUAAAAUAGUUCAGAUUCUGUAAUGUGAAUAUUUAUAGUGUAUAUAUGCACAUUAUAUAUAAAAAUACAGUAUAUAUUUAUAUUUUUCAAGCCAGUCUAUUGAUGGUGUAGAACCAUCUUCUAUGCCAUGUGUUUUUACCAGAAAAAAAAUUGCCAAUUGUGAUUGUCCAGAUAAAAAUAGAAUUCAGGAGUCUCAAUUUCUUGAGAAAAUGAAUAUUGGGAAUCCUACUUCUGAUUAUACCUAAGAAGCACAACUAUGGGGAUUACAAAUGGAUUGCACUGGUUAACCAUGGAAGGAAUCUGAAUUCAAAAGCUAGUAUACCAACUUGGAAAUUUAGCAUAAAAUUAUUUUUAAAGCAUUAUUUAGUGUCACUGAUGUCAAGAGCAUUUUCUCUUUCUGAUGUCAAGUUUGAAUUCUGAUAUGAUGCUGCUCAAAAUAUUUGUAUCUUGCUUUAACAAUGAUUUGACGUGAUCUCUGUGUGUAUAAGGUGUGUGAAUUUGAUUUUUCUAAUAAUAAUGUAACAAUACUCUGUAAUUUUAACUUAUUAAUUUGAGCACUAAGGUUAUUUAUAAAUAGUUCUCUGCUUAUGGCGAAGGUGUCUUUGACUAGAAGUCUCCAAUGAGAUGUUAUGUUCUGGUUAGAUCUGUUGUAAUAAAGUGUUUAAUAGGUUUAAUUCAAGACGUAUGGUUGGUCAAAGACAUAUCUGAAAAAUCUUUUCUUCUUAUAAACAGUGAAAACUAUCAUGAGUCUGUGAUCAGUUUUGCAAAUGAUAUAAUUUGCAUUUACCUACCAAAGCAUAACUUCACUUUGGCUUUCAGCAAGUGAUCGGUAUUACAAAUAUACUGCUUUUCUCUCAAUAUCAAGUUGAAAAAUACACAUGCACUAAAAAUGCAUUUCUGGCAGACAUGUCCUUGGCUUUUGGUUCUGGGAAAAGUUUAAAGAACAUUUGUACUAUUCAAAUACAAGCACUAUAUUAGGUUAUUUUCCUAUUUUAUCAACUUAUCAAGUCUCGAAUUCAAUAGACAACAGUUCCUAUAAAGGCAAAAUUUGUGCUACAGUCAGGAUUUAGCCUUCAGCAUUCCAAGGUCAGCACCAGUAUCUCAAAUCAACUCUUCUGACUUCAUUCAUAAAGGCUAAGACUCAUCAGGAUGAAUCUAGGCUCAGCACCUUCCUACCCUGAAGCAGUCAACACUUAAAUGUACUUAGAUUUGGAUUUAGAAUUUUGCUAUAUUUGAAUAUUUGUCAAAUUACAACUAAACUGACUGAAGGAUUCACUUAGAAUCCACUCAGAUAGGAUUAUCAUAUUAAAAUUUGGAAUGAAUUUUCUUGAAACUUCUGAUGUGAAAUAUGGUAAAAUUGCAUCUCGGGUAGUUUGGUUUUGGUUGAUAUCAAGAAUGAAAAUGAUUGAGGCAUCUAAGACUAAUCAUGUGAUCCAUACAAUAAAAAUACGCUUGAUUUGUAAUCAAGACAUUCAGAAACAAACUAAGGACUGUAGUGAACUAAAUGCUUCUGAUUAAUUUUAUUGCAGAUAGUUAUUAGUUGAUAUUUCUAAGUCUCAUUAGGAGCAGAAAGCAAAGCAAAGAAAUUAAAUGUUGCAUUGCAACACAAAUUAGUAUGACACUGAUGUUAGUGGAAUUCUUAAAAUUUAUUUUGUUCUGUUACCAGGUUGGAAAAUGCAAGGGAAGGUGAGGAGAUCUUAUAUCCCAAAGCAGCACCCAACAAAUGACUUUAUUUAAGAGCAUUCAUGUCUCACCAUAUUCCAGCUUGAAGUAUCUCAUUUGCCACCUUUUUUGUCAUAUAACACUUGUCAUUCCAUGCUCCCACCUCCCUACAGCCAUGUCCUAGAAACCUUUUAGUGUGAUAUCACUAACAAAAGAAGGCCUCUUUUGUAUUUCAGAUGUUGUAUAUCACUUCAGUAAGAGCCAGGUGCCUAACUCAUUUAGGUGUCUUGAAAAAUUCCACCUGCUACCUAUGUCUGUUUUAGAUUCCCGAAUAUCUUGUCAGUGUACGUCUGGAAACAUAUGACAAGGUAUAAAUAUAUCAAUGAAGCCACUAAGUAUACACUGAAAUAAGCAUAUAAAAUGUUUUACUGUUGUCCUGGCUGUAGCUUUAAGAACUUAGCAGCUACUGAGCUACAUGUGCUGAAAAUUAAAAGAGGUGGCAAGGAGAAACAAAAUGAGACAGCUUGACAGAAAUAUUAAAUUCCCCAGACUACAUUUCACAAACUCAGUCUUCAGGAAAAUGUGGCUAUUUUAAGCUGUUCCAUAAGCACAGCCAACUUGCCCAGCUCAGCAUGUUCGUUGGUGAUACAAAGGCUACACGUGGCUUGUUCAGAUGCAGUUUGAUCCUAAGUAAUGGUUGUACCUUUGGGCUGCAACAGUGCCCUGCUGCCACAAUGAGCCAGGAGAUCCUGUCUGGCCAGGUGUGAUGAUCCAGAGGCUUUUCUAAGUCACUGGGAACCAAAUGAUCUCAAAGCUGUCAGAAGGAAGGGUGUUUGGGCCAGUCAAUGCUCCUUUUGUAGAUCCUGCCAUUGUGUUUUGUCACUGUUGUUCUGGUAGAUUUGGCUUUCCCUUGUAUGAAAAUGGUGUAAAAAGUGUAUAGUCAUCUGGACAGCAGUUCCAAACCUGCUGUCGUUAGAAUCAAAGACCAUUUUAAACUCAGCUCAGGAAGACUGAAUUAAACCCUGCCUAUCACAGGAGGGUUGGAACUAGAUGAUCUCUAGGGUCCCUUCUAACCCAAACUAUACUAUGAUUCUAUGAUCCUAUGAUCCUAUGAUUCUCCUAGAGAGGCAAAGCUUAUUUCUGCAAGGAGUCAACACUGCUAGCGAUUUAAGAGAUGUAGAAGUCAUAAGAUGGACUCAAAAGCUGUACAAUUGGCUGAAAACCAGACUCCUGAGAGCAUAAUUAUUUGAGCAUUUUAAUGGUUGCCUUUGGUUUUGCGUUCCCUUGCCUUCUGUUUUUUUUUUCAUCUUUUAUGUACUCCCAAGAGCUAGACACUUACUGGUGAUAAUUCAGUACCAUGACUUCAAGAAUUGAGAUUUUACUGAAAAAACAAACACACUAGACUCAAUAGAAAUCAGUGAGAUUAGACAAUAUUAUACCCUUUGAUAUUUUCCCAGGAGACAGCU